CGGUCGUUAGGUAGGUCACAUGCUAUUUAAAGCGCGAGGGCGUUGUGGCAUACCCAGGCGAUGUUGUAAUAAUAUGACACUGACGACAUGGGCCAGUAUAAUAGUUUAUGGGUGUCUCUUAUCUUAGCGGGGCAAGUAAUCUAUACAGCAGUGUAUGGUGUGAAUAUUACACUUGAGGCUAACGGGACUACACAGACAUUUCAUUUCAACCAGUCCUCGUAUUCUGAAGGAGAAAGCGGAGGAAGGAGUUUUAUUCAGAUACGAGCUGUCGAUCCAGUUGGUUACUUUGUUUUGAUCGCAGUUAACACUACAACCAACCUUACCCAGCAGGUCUGCAAGGAUGGCAAUAUUCGACUCUAUUCGGGGGAUAACCCCACAACUGAACAGUAUUUGGGGUCUUUUUGUGGAUCGCCGACGGCAUCAAAAACGCCGGUCUUCACAUCAUCACAGAACGCCUUGACAGUUGUCAUCAACGGCGCCACCACCAUCCUCGCGGACAACAUCCUGACACUGAAAUACAGCCAGGUCCACAAUAUAGCCUGUGACUUAUUAACAACUUACUCAGCAACGUUUACACCAAGGUAUAUUCGAACUCCUGGCUAUCCACUUGGAACACGCAAUGUUUCCGGAUGCUCGUGGCGAAUUGUUGGACCUUCAUCCAACCGUCUUUUCCUGACGUUCAAGUAUGCUGACGCAUCCGUUACCCCCAACUGCUCAGUUACAAACAUCACAGUUCACACAGUUAUAGGGACUGAAGGUAAGAUAAAGACAUGGUGCGGGGAAGGAGAAAAAACAUUCGCCAUCUAUAAACAAAGUUUCAGCUUCGUCGUCUCAAGUGGACUAGAACAUGUCAAUACCGGAAUUCAGAUGGAAUAUGUUGCAGAAGAAGAAAACCGAUGCGAUCACAGAAUUAAAAUUUCAAACGAAUCUAUCGGGGAGAUUACGUCUCCAGGAUUUCCAACUGGGUACAAAGAUUUACAGGAAUGCAAGUGGUUCAUUUCAUCAAAAGCUUUUGACAAGUUGUACAUACAGCUCAAAGUGCUGGAGUCAGACUUAGACGACACCGAGGGAUGUUCCAAAGACAUUGUCCAGAUGUAUAACCCUGCUGAUUCCAAACGACAAAUAAUUGGAUCUUGGUGCGGGGGAGCCAAACCUACGUUCCAGUUCUUCCUCGCAUCAUUGACAGUAGUGUACAGGACAGGCACUGAUCAUUCCCGCAACCACACAGGAUUCAAACUCAGAUAUGAAACCGUGGAAGAUGGCAUGUGCAACCAACAGCUGAAUGCCUCCAGUAUACCACAGAUCCUGAAAUCUGAUAAUUACCCGAACCCGUUCCCAAGCUAUCGGAAGUGUAAAUACGUCAUCACAGCCUCCGCCGGAAACGCCAUCUCCAUUUUCGUGAACGCCAGCGACGUUGGCGGCAGCAACCAUUGUAUAGACAAAGUGGUCGCGGUUUAUGAUGGCCAAGAGGAGAAGUCUCAAAAUCGUAUUGGAGGUUGGUGCAAGACUACGACACCAUCAUACCAAAGUCUAUCACGCCAGAUGCUGAUUGUCUUUAAAGCCGACGACAGUGCUAACAAGACAGGUUUUCUUUUGCAGUACUGGGAAGGCCAGGUUAACAUGGCAAUAGAGGCAUACGGAUAUGAAAAAUCUAUCGUCUUUCCUCGCGAAGAAGGAUAUUACUUAAGUGGCUACGACACCUGGUGGAAUAUCACAUCUUCUCGAUCUGGACGCAUGAUCGUGUGGUUUACCGAGGUAGAUGUCAAGUGCCCAGAGGAUAGCAUCACUUUACAUGAUGGAGGGGUAGGUCAGGGAUAUCGUACUUGGAGCUUCUGUGGGAAGGAUGAUCGCUCAUUUAUGACCACCACCGAACAACUGUUCAUCAAUUUUCAAACACGAACAAACCUUGGAAAAGGUUUCAAAUUGAGUUAUCAGCGGUGGUUCUACAGAGAUUGUGGCGUCGGUGUGUCCCAGCUAACAGCCCAUGAUAGCACUGCUUCUAUCUACUCGCCUGGCUAUUCAAACCAGUACUAUGAUCAUCUGAACUGCAAGUGGCUUCUCAUUGGCCUGUCGCCCGAGCACCGUAUCAAGCUGAUCGUCAACGUUGUAAACAUCAGCAAAUCGGAGAACUGUGUUCAGGACUAUCUGGCGGUGUACGACGGGUCUUCUGCUAAAUCUAAUCAAGUAUCAAAUAUGUGUGGGGCAAACAUCAACCGAACAAUCAGAAGCACGGGGAAUAAGCUGUAUAUAGAGUUUGUCACUGAUGAUCGCUCAUCAGGGUAUGGCUUCAACUUGGUCUACUCGGCUGAAAAACACCAAGAAGAAGAGUCAUCGCCAAAUCCCGUCAUCAUCGGUGUUAUCGUCCUUCUCAUCAUCCUCGCCAUUGCCAUCAUCAUCGGUUUAUGUUACUGGAUGAGGAAAAAAAGUCGCGACACCAACCUCCAAAGUCCAGCCGAAAUGAACUCCUUGAGUGGUCCUCCAUCUUAUGAUGCAGCAUCUGAUCCAAAGACUUUGUAUGCAAAUGAUACAGCUCUAGAUCUUCCAUCCUAGACUGAGGCUACAGGUAAUGGGCUGGACCAAACUGAGCACAUGGCAUCUGAGGUCGUGGCUAGUACUCAGGACGUAACAGGGCUAUAACAGUGAAUACGGUUACAUACAAGUAUGACGGAACAUGAGAUAACAUCAUCAGUUCAUUUCCUGUAACAUCGUACGGCUUGCCAAGUGUACUGCGGUACCACACACAAGGAAUAACGUUCACCCAGAAAUCCUGUAAUAUAGUAUACAAGAAUGGUAAUUACAUUUUAAAAUUUAUUUCGGCGUUUUCCUGUUCAAUGUAUAUUAUAGGUCGCUUGUCAUCUUUCUACGCUGGCACGGAUGGCAUUGGACAACUUACCAACAGUUUCACUGUUUCUUUGCCUAUAAGAUGAGCCCUCCAUGUGCCAAUUGAGAAUGGAUUACUAGAACUAGGAGUCACAAACACAUAUUCUUGAAACAUAUUAUAUAUUUUCGAAUCAAAUUAAUAGUUAAGUUUUGAAUGGUAUUGUACACUCAGUUGUAGGUCACGUUUCUUAGUUGUUCAUGUUUAUAUAUGUUGAAGUUGUUCUUUUAACGUUAACGUUAAUCGCUAUAUGGCUGAAAUAUUGCCGAUGCGAUGUAAAAUUUAACUCACUCACUCACUCACUUUUAACGUUAAGAGGUGCUAUGCAACGAUGGUGUCAACUUGAAUAAAGAUCUGUUUGUUUCAA